CCUAUGUUGUUGUGUUAAAUUAUUAUUGACUCCUAUCAUGGCUGGAGUCCGAAAUGAUCCUUAAAGGCUCGUGGGCUGGGUCACCUCUUCCCAGGCUGGUGGAGAUGCUUGGAGGAGGCUGUGGAACCUUUGAGACAUGUAGCAGAGAUGGUUACUAGGGGUGGAGCCUUAAAGUUUAUAAUCACCUCUGGUUCCUGCCGAGGUUUGUUUCCCAAUCUGCCCAGAAGAGCAGCAGCCCCAAGCUUCUGUCACCACUGAGGAAGCCACUGCCCAUUCCGCCCCCAGCAUAAAAUUGAAUACUCUGAAACUGAGAACCGAAAGAGAAUUCCUUCAAGUAGUUUCUGUUAUGGUAUUUCGUUACAGGUAUAAGGAAGAGGAAUAUAAGGAUAAGGAAAAUACAGUCUCCUCCCCAGCUUCCAGCCCCUCCCUUAUUAUUUUGCUUAUGUACCUUUCCUGUUCCCACUCUGCUAACAAGAGGCAAUGUGGAAAUGUGGAAACUAAGAUCCAGGGGUCACUGAAGCACCACAUCCUACCCAGUCCACUGUACUCUGCGGAUAGAUAUGUAAGCCAAUUUUGGUCCUGAGAUUUGAGUCAGCAUUGAAGACUACACAGGGUUGACUCCCGAUUUUAGAGUUACGCUCCGCUUUUACUAAUGGUGUAAUCUUGGAAACGGCUGACUCUAGUACACGCAAUUCCCCACCCUGGGUAUGUGAAUCACAAUGAAAAUCUAGCUAGAUUAUCCUCAUGACCCCAUUAGAUUCGCGGCUCCCUGGGGUCAACACAAGGGAGACCCCAUUCUGGCGUGAUCGGAUUGCCUUUUAUUUCACUCUCUGCGGCAACACUCGGUCGCGCUGUACACGAAUGAGAACACCAGAGGCUCUGAGCAGACCCCUUAGGGGACCAGAGGCAGAGGAAGGCCCUUGCACAGGCCACGCCCCUGCCCUUCCCGGCACCGCCCUCGGGUUCGAGGGAUGGAAACUAGGCGCGGGGUGCUGCGGGGAUCGGCCCGCUGAGCGUCCUCCUGCCCUCCGGGGAAGAUCCGGCCGUCCCCGAGCCUUAGGAGCUUCUGCCCUACAGAUUGACUCUCUAGGCUUUCCGUUUCCCUUCCAGCAGGGAGGGUGGAACUUCCUGUUUUCUCUCGGAGGGACUUCCGGAAAGUACUGACGGACUGAAAACAACUCGACACGCCGAGCUGCGGGACAGUCAAGGGGAAAAAAAAAAGAGGACGUGAGCUUGGGUUUUUACCAAGACGGUUAUAAAACCUUUGUGUUCCGGUGAUGGUGUUCUGCGCUCCAUCCAGCUCAGUCGCCCUGGGAACCGCCGGAAGUAGCUCAACGGAGAAACAGGAAGUCCCGCCUCUUCCUCCCAGAGGGAAGACGGUGAGCCGGAGGAGUCAGUCAGAGGGCCGAGCAGGAGCGAUUUCCCCGACAAACAGAUUAUAAAUUCUAGUUAAAUUCAACUUUGACAGAAGAAACAUCACCAGAACUUUAUUAAGAAUGGAUUCUGAGAAUAAACAUGAAAAUGAUGAGGACGAGGAAGCAACAGACAAGAAAAGUGUUUCAUCCCAUGCUGCUAGUUGUGGGCCUGUAUCUGAUGGGAUAGCAAAUGCCUCUGAGAAUUUUACGAGCAAAAGGGCUUUUUCAGAAUCAUCCAGCUCGGACAGUGUUGCUGUGGAGGAAGACAGAAGUGAACUUGCUUCUAAGCGGAUGAGAAUAGAGGCAGUGGAGCCCCUUGAGACGGGAGAGCAGGGCACCUGUGGGUUGGACACUGCGGAAGCUAGUGUCCAUUUGACUGAAGCAGGGAAGGAGACCUUUUCAACCAGCCACUCAGAUGGAGGCAGAGCCCUUCCUAGUGGCUUUCCUCCAUCUUGUGAUUUUAGCACACUGGAUACCCUUCCUUUGAAAACAGAUUCAGUGAGAAAGCCUGCUCAGGAAAUGGUUUCCCUUGUUCCGGAAAGACACACCCCUUUUGCUCCAGAAGAAAUGAGUAUUAGUUGUAGCUUUGGAAAUGCAGAGACCGUCCUCAAGUGCAGCAUGUGUGGCCGUUCAUUUUCCUCUUGCUCAGCUUUGGAAAAGCAUGUGGAAUGUCAUGGGGAACAGGAGAAGGGAUGUGCCUGUUGCCACUGUAGCCACAGAGCAGAGAGCAGCUCAUCUCCUCAUGUUCAUGUGAAACACACUCACGGGCCACAGAAAAUCUUUUCCUGUGAUCUCUGUGGCUUCCAAUGUACUGAAGAAGACCUGUUGAAUGCACAUUACCUUGGCAAAACACACCUUCGGCGUCAGAAUCUUGCGGCUCGUGGAGGAUUUGUACAAAUCUUAACAAAACAACCUUUUCCUAAAAAAGCGUGUGCCAUGGGAACAAAGAAUGUUAGAACAAAACCAAGAGCUUCUAAACCAAUAGCAAGGAAUGGGGAUUCAAAAGGACUGCAGAAUCCUGGGAACAAGUUCAAAGACUGCAGAGGAGCCCUUUCUGAACAUAGUGGUGGUAGUAGUGAGCUGCUUGUCGAAAUGGUGCCAUCUAGGAAUUCCUCAUCAGGGAAAGAAGAAAUUGUUGAGGAAAAUGUUACUUUUGGUGUAGCUCAAAAUCCUGAAAAUCAGAACAAACAGCUAGGGGGCUUAGUGAGCUCAGAGGGUCUUUUAGGUAAAUCAGAAUCCAUCAAAAAUACCCUCCAGAUAGCACAUAUCAGUAUCAGCACCACCUCGAGGCCAAGGUCUGAGCGAAAUCUCCUAAUGUUGGGUAAUAGCUUUCGAAGACGAAGUGGCACUUUUACUUUAAAGGGCCAGGCAAAGAAAAGGUUUAAUCUUCUAGGAAUUAAUAAAAGGGGUACAAAUGAAACUCAGAGGAUGUAUAUGAAACACUUUAGGACACAGAUGAAAACAAAUGAUGCACAGUCAAUGAUGGAACAAAUGAGCAAGGAUGUCCAGAGUCUGUGUGUGACUACCUCAGACGACCCAGAAGUGAUACAGGACAAGACAGCUUCCUGUCUUUCGGGCUCCACACAGCUGGGCUCCCUGCCAGUAAAGCCAGCUUCUGACCGCCAGGUCCUGUGUACCUGUACAGGGUGUGGUCAUAUAACUGCAGACAAGACAGACUUGGACAUUCAUGAGAAAAGGUGCCGUGCAAGAGAGAUGCAGUUUUACUGUCAGACUUGUAACUUCUCUAGUCCGUCAAGGAAAGACUUAGAGGAACACUUGCACAGUAAUCAGCAUCAGCAAAUGGCUCCUGUCCUCAGCUGUCAGUGUUGUUCCUUUAUUUCCUUGAAUGAAAUGAGUCUUAGAGACCACAUGAAGGAAAAGCAUAGCAUGGGCUUUUUUUGCACCUCUUGUAAUUUGUUCUUGUCUGAGAAAGAUGUAGAAGAGCACAGAGCAACUGAGAUGCAUAAUAGCUUAGUGGUUCAACCAAAGACGGCUUCAUCAUUGAGCAGUGAUUCUGUUUUACCCUUAAGUACUUUAGAAUCAGAAAACAUGGAAGAUUCUAGAGAAGAAUCAGGGAAAGCAGCUAAGGGGGAUCUUGCUGAGUCGAGGGUAGGCCAUGGAAGUGAAGCAAGGCAUUCAAGUAAGCCUCAGUUUCAGUGUAAGAAGUGUUUUUAUAAAACAAGGUCUUCUACUGUUCUCACAAGACACAUAAAGCUUCGGCAUGGGCAAGACUAUCACUUUCUUUGUAAAGCAUGUAAUCUGUAUUCAUUGAGCAAAGAGGGAAUGGAGAAGCACAUUAAAAGAAGCAAACAUCUUGAAAAUGCUAAGAAAAAUAAUAUUGGUUUAAGUUUUGAAGAGUGCAUUGAAAGGGUAUGCAUAGGUGCAAAUGAUAAAAAAGAGGAGUCUAGUGUUUCUGGAAGUGGAAGGCCCGAAGGCCAUGCUGGUGUACGAUUACAGGAGCAUUCCUAUCGUGAGCAGAGCUUGCUAACUCCUAAGGAACUGCCACAGUCUGGUGUCAUCACCAAAGAUGAUGAAUUAGCCUUAGCCACUACUCCAAAGAGAGGGAGGCCCAAAGGCAGCAUUUCACGGACUUGUUCACACUGUGGACUUUUGGCCUCUAGUAUUACAAAUUUGACUGUGCACAUCAGGCGUAAACACAGUCACCAGUACAGUUAUUUGUGCAAGGUAUGUAAGUAUUAUACUGUAACUAAAGGAGAUAUGGAACGUCAUUGUGCCACCAAGAAACAUAAAGGACGGGUAGAAAUAGAAGCAAAUGGGAAACAAAGUUCAGAUAUAAUUGUUGGCCCAGAAGGAGGUAAUCUUGAAGCAUGUAAAAAGAACACCCCUUUAGCAGUGACUGUUUCCGAUCAACAGGCUAACAAGUCCACUGAGUCAGAUACAUCUCCUUUAGAUAAGCCAGUGGUCAAUUGUGGAAAUGCAGUAGAAAUUGAAGGUGAAAAUGUAUUUCAUUCUGUAGAUAGAGAAGUUAGCAGUCGCCUCUCUGAUAAAAAGGGACAGAUAUCUCUAGAGACAGAGGACCUUCUACAGAAUGAUGCAUGCUCUCAGAGAGAUGUUGCAGGUUCAAGUGACAAUAAAUGUCUGCACUGCGAGUUCAGUGCUCAUUCUGCUGCUUCUCUAGAGCUACAUGUGAAAAGGAAGCACACCAAAGAGUUUGAGUUUUAUUGUAUGGCCUGUGAUUACUAUGCAGUAACUCGAAGAGAAAUGACUAGGCAUGCUGCAACAGAGAAGCAUAAAAUGAAAAGGCAGUCUUACCUCAACUCUUCUAAUGUGGAAGCAGCUUCUUCAGAUAUGGCCAAAAGCAUCCUUAUACCUGAGGAGGAACAUUCACAAAACCCCGAGGAAUUUAAAAUAAAACCAGACCAAUCAUCUGGUACUCUCAAAUCUAGAAAUGCUGCAGAUGGUUCUAUUUUAGAUGAGAAUACUAAUUUAGAGAUGUCUAAGGUGCUCUGUGCUUCUGACUCAGUGGAAAUUGUGACUGAGGAAGAUCAUUCCUUUUGUGAGACCUUGGAACAGUCCCUUGUUAAGGACAAAAAUAUGAAACCUGGAGAGAUAGUGUCCCUCAAUACGCCCUCUAAUCAUGGCUCCCCAGGCUGUCUUCAAAAUGAAAAUCCAGGAAGCUCUGCUGCGGAUUGUGAGGCGGCAAAGAAAAGCCAGGGCACAUUGAAUGAUGUUGGUGACUCAAGUACACGCUGUGAAGAUGAGGGAGGCAGUCCAGAUGACAGUGGAGGGAAAGCCCUUGACAAGUCCCUCUGCUCUGGAGACUUAGAUGGGGACCACCCCCCUGAAUCCACUUCCCCUGUUGUGCUGAAAAUAUCAAGAGAGGACCUGGACCUGGAUGGUGGUGGCCAGAACAAAGCUGGAUGUGAACAGAAUUCAGAAGAUUUGAAAGAUGUGCAAGCAAACCCUGUUCUCGAGAAUAAGGAAAUUCUGAUGACUUCACAACACGACACUGAAAUUGUUUUGGAAGAGGAUGGCCCAGCUUCUGAUGACACAGUUGACAGCAAUGAUGUGUAUGAAACUAUAAUAAGUAUUGAUGAUAAAGGGCAAACCAUGUACAGUUUUGGCCGGUUUGAUUCUUCCAUAAUUAGAAUAAAAACUUCUGAAGAUAGUGAAUUGGUAGAUCAGUCGGAAGAGGGUCUGAUGGCAACAGGGGUGAGAGUUAGUGAGUUGCCUCUAAAAGACUGUGCCCAAGGCUUGAAGAAGAGGAGAGCUGAAGGCAGUUCCUUUGGCGAGUCCACUCGAAUCAGAUGUGAUGAUUGUGGUUUCUUAGCAGAUGGACUGAGUGGACUGAAUGUUCACAUAGCCAUGAAGCAUCCUACAAAAGAGAAACACUUUCAUUGUUUACUUUGUGGAAAAUCAUUCUAUACUGAGAGCAACCUUCAUCAGCAUUUGGCUAGUGCUGGUCAUAUGAGAAAUGAACAGGCCAGUGUAGAAGAGCUUCCAGAGGGAGGGGCCACCUUCAAAUGUGUCAAGUGUACAGAGCCCUUUGAUUCUGAACAGAAUUUAUUUCUGCAUAUUAAAGGACAGCACGAGGAAUUGCUACGGGAGGUAAAUAAGUACAUAGUGGAAGACACUGAGCAAAUCAAUCGAGAGAGAGAAGAAAACCAGGGGAAUAUCUGCAAAUACUGUGGGAAGAUGUGUCGGAGUAGCAAUUCCAUGGCCUUUCUGGCUCACAUUCGGACUCAUACAGGCUCAAAACCAUUCAAGUGCAAGAUAUGCCAUUUUGCAACAGCUCAGCUUGGAGAUGCCAGAAAUCAUGUGAAAAGGCACCUUGGGAUGAGGGAGUACAAGUGUCACGUCUGUGGGGUUGCUUUUGUAAUGAAGAAGCACUUAAAUACUCACCUACUAGGCAAACAUGGAGUUGGCACCCCAAAAGAAAGGAAAUUUACAUGCCACUUAUGUGAUAGAAGCUUCACCGAGAAGUGGGCCUUGAACAACCACAUGAAACUCCACACGGGAGAAAAGCCUUUUAAGUGCACCUGGCCUACAUGUCACUACUCAUUCCUCACGGCCUCAGCUAUGAAAGACCACUACAGGACGCACACAGGCGAGAAGUCGUUUCUCUGUGACCUCUGCGGCUUUGCCGGUGGAACCCGGCACGCCCUCACCAAACACCGCCGGCAGCACACAGGAGAAAAGCCUUUCAAAUGCGAUGAGUGUAACUUUGCCUCUACAACCCAGUCACACUUGACUCGUCAUAAGCGUGUGCACACUGGAGAGAAGCCCUACAGGUGCCCUUGGUGUGACUACAGGUCGAACUGUGCUGAGAAUAUCCGCAAACACAUUUUACACACUGGCAAACAUGAAGGUGUGAAGAUGUACAACUGUCCAAAAUGUGACUAUGGGACAAACGUCCCCGUGGAGUUUCGAAACCACUUGAAAGAGCAGCAUCCUGACAUUGAGAACCCUGACCUCGCAUACUUGCAUGCUGGCAUCGUGUCCAAGUCCUAUGAGUGCCGCCUGAAAGGACAAGGAGCCACCUUUGUGGAGACAGACAGCCCCUUCACUGCAGCCACCCUGGCCGAGGAAUCACCUGUCAAGGAGAAGUCCCUGAGAAGCAGCAAGAGGCAGGCUUCACCCCCUGAGCAGGUCCAGCAGGUCAUCAUCAUCCAGGGCUAUGAUGGGGAGUUUGCCCUGGAUGCCUCUGUGGAGGAGACUGCUGCGGCCACACUGCAGACCCUGGCAAUGGCUGGCCAGGUGGCCAGGGUGGUUCACAUUACAGAACACGGGCAGGUCAUUACCACAAGUCAGAGUGGGUCGGAUGUGGGCAGCGUGGUACCUGGACCCAUCCUUCCGGAGCAGCUGGCGGAUGGGGCCACCCAGGUGGUUGUCAUGGGGGGCUCUAUGGAAAGUCACAGUGUGGAUGAGGCCCUUAGUCCAGGCAGUGCUGUGAUACAGCAGGUUACCAAGCAGGAGCUCUUAAGUCUCUCUGAGGCUGGAGUGCCUCCAUCUGACACCUCCUCAGCCUUAGAUGCACUACUCUGUGCUGUCACUGAGUUGGGAGAGGUGGAAAAUAGGGCAGGGCAUGAGGAAAAGGGCAGGCCCAGCCACAAGGAUGUGCUGAUCCAGCUGCCCAGCCAGGAAGCAGCCCAUGCUCAUCCCAACACAGAAGCCUCAGAGACUCAGUUGUUCCAAGAUGGUCAGGAGAGUCCAGCAGCCAUGGAAGUACUGACACAGGUUGUCCGGCCCUCAGCCAUCAUCACGUCUCAGGAACGAGCCCAGGUGGCCUUCAAGAAGAUGGUUCAGGGGGUCCUCCAGUUUGCUGUCUGCGACACAGCUGCAGCCAGUCAGCUGAUGAAAGAUGGCGUCACCCAGGUCAUUGUGAAUGAGGAGGGUGCUGUCCACAUGGUAGCCGGAGAAGGCUCCCAGUUCAUCAUGCAGGAAGCUGAGACCCAUGGCCUGCGGGUACCAGCUGAGCACGUGGACCUGGUAGAGUCAGAAGGGGAGAUCUCACAGAUCAUUGUCACAGAAGAGCUGGUCCAAGCCAUGGUCCGUGAAUCCAGCAGCAACUUCCCUGAGGGUGCUACCCACUACAUUGUAACAGAGUUGCCUCCCGGUGUACAGGAGGACUCGGGUGUUUACUCCCACACUGUGAUAGAGACAGCCAGCUCUCCAGAGAUCCUGCAGGCUGGGGCUGUACUCGGCAGUGCUGAGGCUGUGGGCACAAGCAGCACUGAACAGUUGACCAGUAUGGUCAUCUAUACCCAGGAUGGCUCCCCAGCAGCCACAGUGAUCCAGAGCCAAAGAGAAAACAGUGAGCUCCAGGAAGCAUGAGGCAGGCCUCCAUGCUGGGCACAGUGCAGUGUGCAAAGAUCUACCCGGGCCAGUACAGAGGCUGCUGAGCUUUGCUGGUCACGCUUACUUCAGAGGUGUGCUGAACAGGCCCUUCAAGCAGGGGUAACAUUGGCCACUGAAAAGGCACCAGAGGAGAGCACAGAGCCACGCCUACACCUAGGUUGCCCAGCAGCCUAAGAAGAGUGGAUGGGCAGGAUGAACCCUGUGCCAUAGAGCUGGUCACUGGGCCCUCUGUUCAUGGCCUUGCCCCUCAAACACCACUGUGGUGAGAAGCAGUUUUCCCUGGUUUUUCUCCCAUACAAGUUCCCUGUUUAGAUAUCAAAAGAAAAAGAUGGUGUCCCUGAUGGGAACUAGGAAACGUCUCUAGCCUCAGACCAUCUGUACGGGCUGCUGCUCAUGCAGCUCCUCUCCUUCCAUCGUCGAUUAAAAAUCGGAGCUACAAGACUACGUCUUAAAGCAGUGAACACCUUGUUGUUUACUGUUACUAAGCUGGAGAGAAUGGUGUUCCCAGACCAAAGGAAGCCUGUUAGUUCAUUUUAUGUAUAAAUUUCCCUUCUGAAAGUAUUUUAGGUAUUUCCUUUGCCAUGGCCAUUCUGCACAAGAGAAAUCUUUCAUCUGUGGUUUGAGAAAAGUCUUGAAAUUUUUACUGAGUUAAAAUCCACCUUGGUUAAGACAAUUGAUUCUCAUCCUGAGUUCAUGUCGUACCAUAACGUCUGUACAUGAAAUGUCUACUGUGGAAAAUAUCACUCAUUGCUUUUUCUAACAGGUAUCUGUUUGUAUGGGUAUCUCUUCUCCAGGAUUUAUCUGUGACUGUCUGGGAGUGGGAAGGCUGACGUUGAACAGUACAGUAGAAGCCCACCCCUGGCCUGCCUCCCAGCACUGCCUCCUCCAUGGUGGGGUCACUGCAAGUGCCGGCUGCAGCCUUAUGUUCUGCUCAGUUUUCUUGAUUCCACUGCUUUUUUUUUUUCUUCAAAAUUGUAAAAUAACCCCUUUCCUCAGAGGCAAAAUUGUUUUUGUUGUUUUCUUUGAAAUAAAAUUAUAGCAUUAAACUAAGGGUGAUGGCGUACUCUGAGUGGUCAGCCAGCCAAGGCUGUGCCUACAGUGGUCCUGCUGGCCAGCCUGCCCAGGAGGGUCCUCCCUCUCUGUCUUCACUUCAUGUGUAGCCGACAGCUCCUGCAGCCCAGUGCCAUCACAUAAAUGACAAAUAGCCCAGGCACAGUCUAUCCUGGUUAGGGACAGGAAGACAGUCUCUCUGUCAGUACAAGAGCCAUUUCAGUCCCUUCCUAAGGCCACAAGAGAGAGCACCACAGGGCCUGGCCUCUGGCCUCCUGAUUGCUUUGCCUUGAGUUGUGUCCAUUCCAGGGCCAACUCCCUACACCCAGCCACCCUCCAAGCAAAAUAAUAAAAGGUAAAACUUGAGCUUUGGCACUGACUUAUAAUUAGCUAAGUGUGACUACUCCUGCUUCCUAAAAAUGGCAGGGCUUCUCAACUCCUCUUAAACAAUGUCUUUGCCAAACCGUGACAGGAUCAACUCCCGUUUGUUAUCAGGAUAGAGGUGACCUUUACAAAGUGAUGGCCCUCUCCAGGCUCCUCAUACAUGUUAAAAAAAAAGGGGGGUGGGGUGUUUUUCAGUGCAGAUAUUUCUUCUUGAUCACCUCUCCCGUUGGCGCGGCCCUGCGGUCCUGAGGCUCAAUGCUAAUUCUUGCCUCUGCAGAGCCCUGUAUGGCUAACCUUUCCGCUGCAGUCCAGGGCGUUGACACUGACAUGCUGUAGUUUACCGUGUGUGAUUUAUUUAGGAUAAAUAUGUCUCAGGUGGCAUUUAAUCCUUCAUAAAACCAGUGUAGCCUGCAGUGUCAAACCAGCAAUCACGUUGUGUGCGCGAUGAAAAGAGCAGGUCUUUGCAUAAAAAAAAAAAAUGUACAGAGGGUGUUCUUAGACUCAGAAAGAUUGCAAGGCUUCUCCAAGCUGUUGUAUCCUGUAAUUACCUAUAGAGCUAGGUUAAUGGUACCUCUCUUUUCUCUCUCAUUACACAACUAUUGGAAUGUAAGGAAGUUUAAGAAGCACGUACACAAAUGUGUGCCUCAGAAUAAUGAGGCAUGGCAGGGUUUGUGAGCAAAGGACAUUCAUUGUAGCAUGGAUUGUCUAUAAGGACGACGCAGCGAGCUCACAGCUUUCCUUAAGGUUUUUUCGAGAAAAAUGUGACAGUUUUAAGGAAGUAAAAAGCCCAACCAAUGACAUUUUUAUGUAGAGAUUGUAACCCCAGAAGACCGUGUUUAUAUUGAGCUACAGCCGAUUGAAUGAUCCAGCCUCAAGGAUAUCUGCACGCAAGGAAGACUGAGCCUAAGUCAGCAUAUAGAUACAGUUUAGACUUCAACUUCCAUGCCGAAAGUUGUUAGUGUGGUGGAAUGGAGGAUCACAAAGUAAGACAGCCAUUUCUGGACAUGGGACUUCCUGUCACACAAGGUCAUUUAGUGUGAUGCUGCCACUCGACUCACAUGGCCAUCUUUGUGAGAGGCCUCAUCCCUCCCUGGGAGAUGAGUAGUCACUGCUAAACAUCCUUGCAAGAAAGGAAAUCAGACAGUCUGAUGCAGAGACUGAGGCUUUCACGUAUUGGUUUCCUGAGAAGGACAAGUACAUGUACUAAGACUGGGUCCAAUAGCUGUGGGAAUCUCUGUCACUUACCAGCUGAAAGUGUAUGAAAAGCCAGCACCAGAUAGCAGUCACAGAUUAUCCAAGAUACUUCCAGUAAGAGAAAAGGGAUCUCAAGAUCGAACUGAGCUCAGUUCUGAAGCUUAGUGAGAGCUGGGGCGGGCAUGAGGAUGGAAAAUUUCUAAAAGGAAGUCUGACAUCAGGGGGCUUGGGCUAAGCUGACCAAACAGCAUUGCCACUUGGGGCAUGAGAUGGGUGGAGGAUGAAGACCCUAUUGGAUUUCCAGGUCCACUAGAUACUAUUAGUGGGGAUCCUGGCCUCCCCAGCUCAGCAGAUACCGUUAGUGGGAUCCUGGCCAAUUAGCAGCUUUCUUGCUAAGGGGUAUUUUUAAAAGGAAGCCCUCAAAUGAUCAUAGAUGCAUCAGACAAAAGUUUCCUCAUCAAAGAAACUGUCAAAGUCCUAGAAGAUGGAGGGUGAGGCCUUAGUCCAUGUUAGCCUUCUCCACCUAGAACACAGCCAAGACUCCCCAGGCCCAGUAGCCCCGCCCAGCACUCCUCUGUGAGGAGCCUGACCCCACUUCCCAUCAGUACCCAUCUAGGAGAAUCCCAGCCACACAAAGCUGCUCUGUCUUUCAACUCUGUCCCACUUGUUUCCUGGAGGGGAAGAAGGAAGGAGGGGAGGGAAGAAGAAAGGAAGGAGGCCUAAGCAGAGGAUUGAGGAGCCAUCUUAAAAUCUUAACCUGGAGUGGGUCCGAGGUUCAGCAAAGGCCAUUCAGUUAGCACCAGAGAACAGUGCCUGUCACUUCGCUCACUGGCCAUCAGCCCUUAAUGUAAGGGGGUUCAAGCUAACUUGAACAGCCUCCUCCUGUUCCAUCACGUUGGAGAAUACAAUUCGUUUUCUACUCCUCUAGGGUGAUAUCAUUUUACAUGGAGAAAAAGUUAACUGGGGUGGCAGUUAUAUGUUUCGGAAGCACCUUCUAAUCAGGGAUGGGUGAUUCAUGAUUAGCUUCAGCAGGCGAUCCAUCUGACAUGGAAGGGGAAAAAUUAGCAGCUGUCACUGCUUGAUGAGUUAAUUUCCUGAUGGGCCUGACACUGAAAAGCCAUUUGGAGUCAUGGCUGUGGCUGAUGAGAAAACCUGGCAGUGCUUUUAUAACUGGAGAUAAAGACAGGGCAGAGGAGCUGCCGGAGAAGGCCUGUCAAUCUACUGGGGAGUGUUGGUGUCUGUGCUGGGGCUCAGGCCGAGGCCACACUGCCCUCUUUAUUGGCCAUACCUCUGAUGGGGAGACCAAGCACCUAGUGGCUGUGGAAACUCCAGGAGACCAAAGGACAGCUCCAGGAAUACAUGGGGUAUUGACCUUCAACUCUGUCCUACCCUACCUCUGUUCAGGAAGGCCACUUCCAACCCAACAGGAAGGAGCAGGCUUGGUCUUAAUGUCUUUUAAGUAGGAAUUAAAGAAAUAAGUGUAUAAUAAGCUCUACCUUUGUUACCAAGCUUGGCUUCUGGGCUUCCCUAGGAAAGGGUAGUUGGCGAAAGUUUGGUGUAUGGAAUUCAGGGAUCAGGACCAGAGCCUAUUGUUUACCAACUAGAAAACACAGGGACCAUUGUAAUCUUCAGGGACAGGCUAGGAAACUCCUGUUUCUCUUGGAUCCUUGGUUUGUAAAAUCAAUGAAGAAGGAGGUCCUAGAGAUCUCCUACUUGAGAAGGAAGCUUGGGGCAAUGACCUGCUUCUUUCCAGAGCCAAGCUGUUGCCCAGGCCUGGUUUCUGGUUGCUUUUCAUGCAUUUGGGACCAAGCUCUGCAAGCUGAGAAACUUGCCCAGAACUGGCUAUGGAGAGCCACAGUCUGAAGCACUAGAAUGUGGUCACAAAACCCAUUCCCAGAGUUGAAUAAAUCAAUUCUCCAUAUCUCCAGCAAAGAACCAUUCUUUCCUCCAUAGUCUGCAUUUGCAAUACCUUUCAAUAAACUCUUUAAAUGAC